AUGGACGAUUCCUCCAUGGAAACUGAGACUCAUGCGCCGGACGGCGAGUUCCCACACUCCCCAUGGGUGGAAGUAGGCGCAUUUGCUUCUCCACAGCACUCGCCUCCCAUGCCAGAAUAUAGUGGUUUCGACUUUGGUCCGCCGAUGAUGGUGGAUUCUACCUAUGGCAUGUCGAUACCGCCACCAUAUGCCACCAUGCCACUGCCUAUGCCUUCGCACUCCUGGCCUAGUAUGCUCGCCACGAAUUCGCCAUUUCCCGAGACCGGCAUGCAUGUUUCCGCCCCGACUUCCGUUUCACCUACUACGCCUAUCUUGCCGGUGCGAAAGACUUCCACUGGAGGUUCUACGCCGAGAAGAACCCUGACCGACGAGGACCGCCGACAGAUGUGUCUGUAUCACGAGGAAAAUAAAACUGCCAAGCAGACUGAUAUUGGAGCAUUGUUUGGAGUUGAACGAAGCACUGUCUCCAAGGUCUUACGCCAGAAAGAGAAAUAUCUCAACCCGGAUGAUGGAAAUCGAUCUCCCAUCAAACGUGCCAAAGGGAGAGUCCCUGAUAUUGAGAAAGCCCUUUCCAACUGGGCAAGAAACUACCAAAGCCAUGGAUAUCUUCUUAACGACCAGCUGAUCAAGGAAAAGGCUCUUUUCUUCGCCAGCACGUGCGGCUGCCCGGAAGGCAAGGAAAAAGUCUGUACCACAGCCUGGUUGGAAAAGUUCAAGCACAAAAACAACCUACUGGGUGCCAAGGUGCGCAGAGGAUCUGCUCAGCGAAGUAAUUCCAACAGCCCAACCAGGAUCAACACCGAUUUUGGAUCUGCCUUGCAAAGUCCAACAAGCACCUCACCAAAAUCUCCCGUUGAUGGAUUUGGAUCCCCAUUAUCCCCCAAGAGCCAAGAAGGCAUCAAGCGGGAUAUCGCAGACGCACUACCCGAUCUGACCGGCGGUUACCAGCACGGCUACCCCAAGGGCACCACCUCGCUUGAUACUUCCUCCGUGGGGAUGAUAAGCCCAACUUCAACCCUGGUCUCGGACAGUCCCUUCACACCAACCAGCCAAUCUCGUCUUCCCAACAACUCCAACCGGCCGCGCAGCCAGACUUUCCCCCUCCCAAUCGACCCAACCCUGCUUUUGGCCGAUGACCACAUGGAACAACUUCACAAGGGCAAUGGUGAGCAACAACCUCUUUCCAUCGCCACUCUGGAGUCCCCCCUGGAGAUGGACGACUCAAAACACUUGUUUGAAUGUCCAAGUGUCACCAAGCGCAGCCACAGCAAGCCGAACAUCAAAAUCAAAUCCAUGCCUCCGCCACCAAAGUCCAACACCAUUUCGCCGAUUAGCUCACCCGGCUCACCAACUCAAGACGAGGCUCGCCGUGCUCUCGAAUUAGUCCUGAACUAUUUCGACCACCAGCCUGCCGGCCUUGCCACCCAUGAGUAUUUGACCAUGGGCAGGCUGAUGGAGAGACUGGAUCUCACCAGAAGCCAAGCGGGUAUGAUACUGAAUGGCUUGCCGCGCAUUGACGAGCACGACGAUAUCCCUCGCGUGACCAAGAAGAGAAGCAUCCACAAUCUUGGAUGA